AUGGGCAGUGACAGCAGCUGGUCUUUGCUCAACCGCCUUAAGAAGGUAGUAACCAAGGUAAAGCUUCUACUGAGUCUAAAUUAUGCUACACGAUGGCGUCUGGCUUCGAUGGUUGGUCGUUCUUCGGGCAGGCGACGCCUUAGCUUCAACGAUCGUCCAGGGUUGAGAGCUUGCGCUGAUGGAAUUGAUUUGUUGUCGGACGAUGAUUCUGGUUCUCCUUCUAGUUGUAGAGAGCUUCAUAGGACAAAAAGCUAUGCUUCUGAAGAUGAUAUUGAUAAGAGAGCAGACUUGUUUAUCGCCAAUUUUCAUCGGCAGCUUCGGAUUGAGAGACAAAUUUCUUUGGAGCUCAUGUACUUGAGGGAGGAUAGUUCAACAUCUCUGUCUCCAUGA